AUGGUCGUGUUGUGUGCAGUGGGAAGUAUGCCUAUCUCUCCCUCUUCGUUCUGUUUUAGUUGUUUAUCAUUCUGUGGCUCGUCGUUUUCUGUGCGAGUGUUUGGGAAAAAGAUCGUUCGCUUUUCAUUCGCAGGAUCCUUUGAUAUUACGAAUAUGUGUAGGCACUCAUCGGUGCUUCGACCUCUCCGCAAAGCAUCCAGCACUUUCGCGAAGAGAUCUUCACGUGCUGUACAAGUAGUGUCAUUUGAUGCAACGGAUACUAUGAUUGCCAAUGGGGAACCGUUCAACGAUGUUUACUCUCGUGUAGCUUUUGAUCACGGUGUCAACGUGCACCCUGCAGUUAUUGCUUCCGCAUUCCCCAAAUACAUGAGUAGUCUUUCCGCAAGCUAUCCAUGCUUCGGAUUCAACACAAUAGGACCUUUCGAAUGGUGGAAACGGAUAGUGGUUGGAUGUUUGCAAGAGGGAAGUUCUGUUCAAGUGGAUCGAGAAAAAGGGGAGAAAAUCGCUCAACGUCUGUUUGAUUUCUAUGCCACUGCAAGAGCGUGGCGUAUUACUGAUCCGAAGCUGAGAUCAGUCCUUAACCAGCUGCGCCAGAACGGAGUGGGAGUUGUUGUUGUGUCUAAUUCCGAUGCUCGCCUGAGGACCAUUCUUGAAGAUUUCAAUUUGUACUCUUUGUUUGACGUUGUAGUAGCCAGUGGAGAAGUUGGAGUGGAAAAACCAAGUCCACAAAUCUUCGAAAUGGUUCUUAAUCACUAUCAUUUAUCCGAUGCUUCACAAUUGUUGCAUAUUGGAGAUAAUCUUAAGAAGGAUUACCUAGCAGCGAGAGAUUUCGGAGCAAAUGCUCUUCUAUUUGAUCCACAUUCGACUAAUCAAGACCUCUCAGACGCUGAAAAAAUAUCUUCAUUUAGCGAGCUAAAAGUAGAAUAG